CCCGGUGCUUUCUUUUAAGCAAUUUUAAUUUUGUUAACUAAAAUUGAGUGUAUCCAAACAAAUUGCGUUCAAGAGAUGCGAUACAGAUGAGGACGGACAAUCAUUCAAAAGAAACGAGACAAAAAAAAUUGUUUUUAAUAGAAAGCUUCAACAGUUGAGGGAAAGAUAAUUCAUCAAGAACAGGACAGAAAAAGGCUACGGAUUCAAAUGCUUUGCAAGCUUCAACACCGCGUGACAUAAAAUAUGCAGAUGAACCGGGCCCGCGGCACGAGGAGCCGGCGGCCUCAUGAGAAGGGCACCUUCUUGUGAUCUCUUCCUUCCAGUAAACCUUCGCCCUGGCAUCAAGAAGCUCGACGCCCUUCCUUUAUAUCUCUUGGUUGAGUGAGGGUGACAAUUGCAUGUGUGUUGUGAUCAGGUGUUGGUGAUCCUCACCUCUUGGUGGUCUAAUAAGAAAAUGGUGAUAUUUGCAGCUUUAUUCAUAGUCGUGGCCACCAUUCUGUUUGGGGCCUUCCGCCAGCGAAUCAAGGAUUUCUUGCGGGAAGAUGUCCUGGGGACACUUUUAAGGCAACUUUCUGGCAACCAAGGUAUUGAUGGAGGAACUAGAGGAGACACGGAGGCAGGGGAAGAACUGGAGCCAUUAACACCUUUAUCAUCUUCAUCAACAACUAGGGGCUUCGAGUUCGAAGUGUUUCUCAGCUUCAGAGGUGAAGACACCCGGAAGGGUUUCACUGGGCAUCUCUAUGAGGGCCUUGAACUGCGUGGUGUUUCCACCUUCAUGGACAGCGACAAGCUGGAAAGAGGGGAGGAUAUCAACAAGCUGUUUGAAUACAUAGAAAGAUCCAAGAUCUGCAUCCCCAUCUUCUCCAAACGCUACGCAGAUUCGACGUGGUGCUUGAAAGAGGUCACCAAAAGCGUGGAGUGUGGGAAGGAGAUAGUUCCGGUCUUCUUUGGCGUGGAACCUUCCGAUGUUCGUUACCAGAACGGCCCGUUCAAAUAUGCGUUUGAGAAACAUGAAUCCAACAAGAAGCUGAACCAAGAGGAAGUGAGGAAAUGGAGGAGAGCACUGAAGAAAGUCGGAAAUCUUUUUGGGUUCAAUCUGAAGAACAUGAAUUGGGAUGAGGCAGAGCUAAAGCGCGCGAUAAUUAAGCGAGUGUUAAACAAAGUAAACAAGAAGCCCCUUGAAGUUGCAAAGCAUCCAGUUGGAAUUGAAACUCGCAUUGGAUAUGUGAGGAAAAUGUUAGAGAAUGUAGACACUAAUGGUGUUCUUGUGCUUGGAAUCCACGGUAUGGGGGGACUUGGAAAAACAACUAUUGCCAAGGCUGUUUACAAUGACUUAAUGGAAGGGUUCAAUGGUGCCAGUUGUUUUCUUUCAAAUAUUAGGGAAAAAUCUGCACAACCCAGUGGACUAGUUGCCUUACAAGAGCAGUUGAUCAGUGAUGUUUUGAUGGUGCAAGAUAUACCCUUGAGUGAUGUUGCACAAGGAAAAGUUUUGAUCAAAGAAAGGGCCAAUCGUAAGGGAGUAUUGCUUAUCUUAGAUGACGUUGAUUCCAUAGAACAGCUUGAUGCAUUGGCUGGUGGGAGAGAUUGGUUUGGCUCAGGAAGUGUGAUCAUCAUCACAACUAGAGAUGAGAAGGCACUGUUAUCCUGCAACAUGAAAGUGAAACAACAUGAAAUUUACAAGCCACAAGAACUAAAUGAAGAUGAAUCUCUCGAACUGUUUAUGCAUCACGCAUUCAAUGAUGUGCAACCACAUGGAGAGUAUCUCCGCUUAUCAAAUGAAGUUGUUGAAGCAGCUGGUGGGCUGCCAUUAACCCUUGAAGUGCUUGGAUCGCUUUUAACUUGUGACAUGGAUGUACAACAAUGGAAGAACGUAUUAGAGAAGCUGAAAAGGAUCCCCCUGGCAAAGUUCAACAGAGGUUGAA